UAGCCGCUUUCAAUAAUCAGUGCAAUAAUCUGACAAACAAGAGCUCCGGCAGUGCAGUUGCUCGCACGCGAGCAGGAUCUAACUCUUUUUUGCCAAAAACUUUUAGCAAAUACAAAUUAAAACUAAGCACAGAAAUGUUAUGGACAAACAAAGUAACUGGUGGACCCAGACGAGUGAACCAUGCUGCAGUUGGUGUCCCGAAAAAGCGACUCGUCUUUACAUUUGGAGGUUAUUGUACGGGAGAGGAAUACAACCAGAUAUUAAAGAUGGAUGUCCAUAUUUUUAAUGCGUGUUCUUUGCAAUGGUAUGCAAUGAAAACCCCAUCAAGACUAAAUAGUAAUCAAUAUUGCUGUGUACCAUACAUGAGAUAUGGUCAUACUGCAUCCCUUGUUGGAAGUAAAGCAUAUAUUUUUGGUGGCAGGAGUGACAGAAAUGGUGCAUGCAAUGUCCUAUAUUGUUUUGAUACUGAUAUGUUUACUUGGUCUAUUCCAUCAACUGAUGGCAUUCCACCUGAAGCCAGAGAUGGGCAUUCAGCUUGUGUAAUUAAGACAAAAAUAUAUAUAUGUGGAGGAUUCAAGGAAAUUGACCAGCGUUUCUCGUCAGAUCUCCAUAUGCUGGAAACAGAAACAAUGACUUGGCAUAGGCCAUUCCAGACAACCCUGUGUAUAUGGCGAGAUUUCCACACUUCAACUGCCAUUGGAAAUAAGAUCUAUGUAUUUGGUGGCAGAGGUGACCGCAAUGGCCCUAUACACACUAAUGAAGAUAUAUAUGAUAACGCAGUUUAUGAAUUUGACACAGAGAAACUGAAAUGGACUGUCCUGUCAGUAUCUGGAAAUGUACCACAUGGCAGAAGGAGCCAUUCUGCAAUUGCAUAUAACGACAAUAUUUACAUCUUUGGUGGCUACAAUGGACAGCUAAACAAGCAUUUCGCUGAUCUUUGGAAGUUUAACCCAGUAAACAAACAAUGGACAGAAGUAAAGACAAAGGGCGAUGGGCCCUGUGCAAGGCGAAGGCAUUCGUGGUCUCUUCUUGAUAACGAGGUUGUUUUAUUUGGUGGCACAUGUCCAAGUGCAAUUCCAAAACAAGUCGAUGUACAGGAUGAAGAUGAGCUUGCGAAUUUAAAAGAUUUAUCUGACGUUUAUAUUCUUGAUCUCAGUCCAAGUUUAACAACGCUGUGUAAAAAGGCUGUUCUUGCAUACAAUGUUGAUUGUUCUGAGCUGCCGCUUCAAAUAAGAGGUGAACUUGAGUCGAUGAGACACAAUAGCUGCGAACAGAAAUUCUCAACAGGGAUGACACAAGGCUGAGUUUCAGCAACUAAAGAGAUCGUCAUUUGUGUUGAGCACAAGUGCUUCACCUUAAGUAGAUGUAACAAAUCUAAUCUUCGGUUGCUGUAGCCCACUUCCAACUACCACACCAGUAACUUUAGUUCAUUUUUGUUUUUUAGUUGGGAAAUCCCUUUUUGGAAGUAAUAUUUUGUAAUGAUGUUUUUGUAAAUAUAAUAAUAAUUUAUCGAGCUACUUGUUUAAGAUUGUAAAAUUCUAAGAAAUUUUAUUACGUUUUAUUAGUUUUAAGGUUUUUUAAUUCAAGAGAUAUAAAUAUUAGCAUAAGACUAUCGUAGUUAAAUAAAUCGUAUAUUAAUGCUUUGUUGUGAUGGCGUUUGAGGCGCAUUACUUCAUUUAGUGUAAGAGGAUUUAAUACCUGGCUAUGCUUCGUUGUUUGUUCUACUACUGACUUGUCAUAACUUAAAUUGCCGAGUGAAAAGUGCAGCCUAAAAUAAUUUCAGUAUCGUUUAUUGAUUUAGUUGCGAUUGAUUCCAUGUAUAAUGUUUACUUAUAUUGAGGUGGAAGGCCAAGGCAAGACAUGGCCAAACUCAUCUAUAUUCACACACAUGUUUACAUGGUGUCUUUAUGCGUUGCCCAGAGGGCCUGGGACCUACUCUACUACACCAUGAAUCAAUCAGUUUCCAAAUGCUGCAUGAGCUUAUCUUCGAAUACUACAAUUUUAAGUCCGGGCAAAGCAAAUCCAGUAUUUUAUUUUAUUUAACUUCAUAUUUUCAGUCUUCUCUAAGAUUAUCUAGCUUUCAAAAUAUAUGAAUAGAAGAUGGUGGUAUUCGAUUUUUUGGCAAAGGCAUUCUGUACGUGUCAGCUAUCACCUAUUCCCUACUGAUAAAAUUGUUUAAAAAAUCUUAUAUUCAGAUUCAAAAGGUUGAAUCAACCUACCCUAAUUUAUUCCUACUCAUUUCUAAACUUUCUUGGUAAUACUGAACUUUGUUUAUGUAAAAGAUUUUGUUUUACCAGUGCUUGAGCUAGCAUUGUUUUAUACGCAUACUCGUAUUGACGUCAUCCUAAAGUGAUUUUUACUUUUAGCAUUCAUGUACAUUCUGUAAAUCAAAAUAUUAUUGAGGAUUUUAUGAGUUGUAAGGA